CGAAAGACCAACAAGAACAUCAACAUGACGAGCGACUACAGCGACUCUGGAAUUUCCGAUGAAGAGAUACUGGAGGCUCAAUCGGGGGCAAGAAAGAGACGGAGACUAUCGCCGACAAGUGAAGAAAAGGCAGAUUCUGCAGCCAUCUCUACACCAAAGAUAACAUCAUCGACAAUCUCGAGAAUCAAGUCCAAACAGCAGCAGCAACCAUCGGAGCCCAGUACAAAUGGAGGUUCAAAGGCACCGGCGGCAAUCACAAAGAGUAGUGAGAAUGUCAGCUUUGCAUCCAUCAAUGUCGCGCCGUGGCUAGUCGCCUCGCUCGCCUCAAUGGAGAUCAAGAAGCCUACGGGCAUCCAGCAGGCCUGUAUCCCGGAGAUUUUGAAGGGCAGAGACUGCAUUGGUGGUUCGAGAACUGGUACGGGUAAGACUGUGGCCUUUGCUGUGCCUAUCUUGCAGAAGUGGGCGGAGGAUCCUUGCGGUAUAUUUGCCUUGAUUAUCACACCAACACGCGAGCUAGCCAUUCAGAUCUACGAGCAAGUCAAGGCAAUUUCUUCGCCACAAUCUAUGAAGCCCAUUCUUAUCACCGGAGGCGCCGAUCAACGUGAACAAGCUAUUGCACUCGCUUCGCGACCUCACGUUGUCAUUUCCACACCAGGUCGCCUGGCUGAGCACAUCAAAACCUCUGGCGAAGAUACGAUCUGCGGCCUCCGCCGUGUCCGCUUUGUCGUCUUCGAUGAAGCAGAUCGCCUCUUAGCACCGGGCAAAGGGAGCAUGUUACCAGAUCUCGAGACGUGUUUGUCCGUGUUACCGCCCAAGGAGAAACGGCAGACGCUGUUAUUCACUGCGACUGUCACACCGGAGGUGUUGGCGCUAAAGGAGCAACCAAGGCCUGAUCGACAGUCUAUCUUUAUAUGCGAAGUAGAUACAGAGACACUUGCUGUCCCGCCGAAAUUGCAGCAGAAGUAUCUCCAGACGCCAGUUACCCACAAGGAAUGCUACCUUCACGUCUUACUUAGCACGCCAGAGAACCUCAAAAAAUCGGUCAUCAUCUUCUGCAACCGGACGAAGACGGCAACGUUACUAGAAUAUAUGCUUCGCCUUCUCCAACACCGAGUAACAGCGCUGCACUCUGGCCUUAGGCAAUCCGACCGCGUAGGCAAUCUCGCGCGUUUCCGCGCACAGGCAGCUCGUAUACUCGUUGCUACUGACGUCGCCGCGCGUGGUCUUGAUAUUCCCGAAGUAGCGCUCGUAAUUAACUACGAUGUUCCCCGCGAUCCGGAUGAUUACAUCCACCGUGUUGGUCGUACAGCUCGUGCGGGCCGCGUUGGUACUAGUGUUACGUUGAUUGGGCAGAGAGAUGUGGAGUUGAUACUGGCGAUUGAGACUAGGGUGGGCAAGAAAAUGGACGAGUUUGAGGAGGAGGGUGUGAGCAUUGAGGGUAGAGUAGUAAGAGAUGCAUUGAAGCCGGUCACGGAGAAGAAGAGGGAGGCUAUGCUGAGUAUUGAAGAAGGGAGAGAUGUGAUGGGAAAGAGGAAGACGGGAAUGCAGAGAAGGAAGGUAGAGUAGAGGUGCGAUGGAGGGGAUUCGUAUUUUAUGGGAAUCGUAAUGAUUAUGUAGGACUUUUCUAUGACUUUGGAGCUAUUCAAUCUGUUCUCGAGU